GUUGAUCUUUCGCACUUAUCCCCAGAGGAGAGAUGGAGGGUGGAGCAUGCACGGAUGCAUGCCAAACACCGUGGGCACGAGGCGAUGCAUGCCGAAAUGGUCCUCAUCCUUAUUGCCACACUUGUGGUGGCACAGCUCCUCCUGGUCCAGUGGAAGCAGCGGCACCCUCGCUCCUACAAUAUGGUGACACUCUUCCAGAUGUGGGUAGUGCCUCUGUAUUUCACGAUCAAGCUGUACUGGUGGCGGUUCCUGGUGAUAUGGGUGCUGUUCUCAGCGGUCACAGCUUUUGUCACCUUCAGGGCAACUCGGAAACCUCUGGUACAGACAACACCCAGGCUGGUUUAUAAAUGGUUUCUACUAAUAUACAAGAUCAGCUAUGCCACUGGGAUCGUGGGGUACAUGGCUGUCAUGUUUACACUUUUUGGUCUUAACUUAUUGUUCAGAAUCAAACCAGAAGAUGCAAUGGACUUUGGCAUUUCCCUCCUCUUCUAUGGUCUUUACUAUGGAGUGCUGGAACGGGACUUUGCUGAGAUGUGUGCUGAUUACAUGGCCUCGACCAUCGGGUUCUACAGCGCUUCGGGGAUGCCCACCAAGCACCUCUCUGACAGCGUCUGCGCCGUCUGUGGUCAGCAGAUCUUUGUGGAUGUCAACGAGGAAGGGAUCAUCGAGAACACCUACCGACUCUCCUGCAACCACGUGUUUCACGAAUUCUGCAUCCGUGGCUGGUGCAUCGUUGGGAAGAAGCAGACAUGUCCAUACUGCAAAGAGAAGGUGGAUCUCAAGAGGAUGUUCAGUAACCCCUGGGAGAGGCCUCAUGUCAUGUACGGGCAGCUGCUGGACUGGCUGCGCUACCUGGUGGCCUGGCAGCCAGUGAUCAUUGGACUGGUCCAGGGAAUCAACUACAUCCUGGGGCUGGAGUAAAGGCAG